GUACUUGAUCCGCUUAUAAUGACUCGUAUCGUAAGUGAACGGCAACUUGGAGCGAAUGAUUUCAAGUCAUAUUAUCAACAUCUUUGUCUGUUAAACAGCCUUGUGCCGUUGCAAAUUAUCGAAAGGUUUCUGGAUAUAGACUUUCUUAAUAUAGAUGGAGAUUACGUAAAGAAACUUAGGUCAGUUGAGUGGGGUCCUAUCCUUGAUUCGAUAAAAAUAAACAAAUCUCUAAAGUGCAUUAGAAUUACCUCAGUUGCAACGGUUACAAAAAUAUUAUGCUCAGCUCUUCGUUGUGCAAGUAAUAUAACUACACUUAACUUGGCUAAGUGUGACAUCAGAGGUGAUGGUAUUCUGCCUCUUUGUGAACUUGUCAAGGGAAUUAUUCGACACAAUGAAGCUUGGAAGCAAUCACUACGUUAUUGUCAUCCAGAAUUGGAUCACUUAAGAGGAAUUGGAAGAAUUUGUCUUAUAGAUAAUCCCGAACUUGGUGAUUCAGCCGCUAUUCUCUUAGCCGAAAUAAUGAUUGACGAUAUCUGGGUUAAAGCAAUUGAUCUGCAGAAUUGUGGACUUUCUGACAUUUCUGCUAAGGCAUGGAUUUCCGUAUUAAUUGGUUUUGAUAUUAAUGAUUUGGAGAACUUCGAUGCACGAUAUGAAAAUAAAGAAACACUCAAAAAGACUGGUGGAAAUAAGACCUUGGUGGUUCUGGAUCUCCAUCGAAAGCUUCUCAGAGAUGUUACGGAAAGUGUCCUUCUCAAUGGAAAAGGAAGACAGACAGAUUGCGAUCUUGGUAAAACAACAGACAGCAGAUAUAUGAAGGCGAUGACCAGCAUAAUCUUUGUCACUGCAAAAUUAACUGCCAACUUGGUAUGA